AUGCCCACAAGCUGCGUUGGCUUCGGUUCGCCCGCCUGCAGCCGUGCGCACCUGGGGGCAGCUGCCCACACGCACGGGGCUUCUGCAGCUCCCAUCGAUGGAACCAACCGACCUGCUGUCUGCCUGCCCGUGCGGCGUGCUGUCUCACUGCUUCAUGCACGCGCUCCUAUCAUCUCCAAGAAGAACCGCCGCGAGAUCUGCAAGUACCUCUUCCAGGAGGGAGUCUUGUACGCCAAGAAGGACUACAACCUGGCCAAGCACCCCCAGGUCGAUGCCUUGAACCUCGAGGUCAUCAAGCUCAUGCAGAGCUUCAAGUCCAAGGAGUACGUCAGGGAGACCUUCUCGUGGCAGCACUACUACUGGUACCUGACCAACGACGACAUUGAGUUCCUCCGCACCUUCCUCAACCUGCCGUCUGAGAUCGUGCCCAACACCCUCAAGAAGUCCGCCAAGCCCCCGUCCCGCCCCUUCGGCUCUAGACCACCGGGUGACUGCCCCAGGUGA